AUGGCAGCAAGAAGACAUGAAUGUGAAGAAGACAAAGUGGAAGAAACCAAAGAGCAAAUUGGGGAGGAAUGGGAAGAACAAUUUCGAGGUGACCAUCUUUGGGAAAACAUGUCGAACCAGAAGAAGGAAGGUGGGGAACUAGAAUCUGCUGAUGAAGAACCUGAACCUGAUGGGCCAAGAUGGCCGCUAAAUGGGGUCGAUGCAGCAAUUACUAGUGAAGUAAUAGAAGAUGGAGGAAGCUUUGUCAAAGACGAAGAGCUUGGUUGCAACUCAUCAGGAGAAAUCCACAAGGAAAAUCGAUAUAUCAUAGAUAUUCACCAUGAAGAGUAG